UUGCAGCCUCCUAAGUAAUCCGGAGGACCGCGGGGUGGGAGGGGCCGAAGGUAACACAACCUUCCCGUAAGCCCUCCAGGGAGCGAAAAAGGAGGCGCCACCCUGCGCUCCCGGGGUGCCCCGGGCCAGCUCCUCUAGAACAAGCUCUGCUCUCUGGAAACUAGUUGGUUCAUCGCUGCGAGAAGCCGAGGACCCAGGGGAGGACUCUAGGGGCCAGGUGGCGGGGCUGGGAGGAGCCCGGCGGGGCCCAGGGAUCCCCCGCAGGCUGCAGAUCCCGCGCACAGUCCGGGACGCCAGGGAAGCCGGUGCGAGAUCCCCAGGCUGUCCCUCGGCUGAGAGCCCCGCCUCGCACGCCGGCGGGCCAUGUCCGGAAGCCUGGGCUCUGCGCUCCGGCCCCCCGCCCUGGGGUCCAGGAAAACUGCGCUCCGCAGCCUCAGUUGCCUCGCGGACCUGGACGGCGGUGUGGCCUCUGAGCCCCGGCCCUGCCGGCCCCCGGCGGUCUCGGCCUCCACCCGGGCUCCCGUGCCCACUGCCUCGGGCUGCGACCCCCCGCUGAGGCCCAUCAUCCUGCGCCGGGCGCGCUCUCUGCCCUGCUCCCCCGAGCGUCGACAGAAGGCGGCAGGCGCGCAGGGGGCCCCGUGCCGGCCGGGAUGCAGCCGGCAGCUUCGCGUGCGCUUCGCCGACGCCCUGGGCCUGGAGCUGGCGCAGGUCAAGGUGUUCAACGCGGGCGAUGACCCCUCCGUGCCGCUGCACGUGCUGUCGCGACUCGCCAUCAACUCGGACCUGUGCUGCAGCAGCCAGGACUUGGAGUUCGCCCUCCAGUGCCUGGUGCCCGACUUCCCGCCGCCCGUUGAGGCCGCCGACUUCAGCGAACGCCUGGAGAGACAGCUGGUGUGUCUGGAGAGCGUCACCUGCUCAGACCUGGGCGUCAACGGUGCGGUGCGGGUGCGCAACGUGGCCUUCGAGAAGCAGGUGGCCGUGCGCUACACCUUCACCGAGUGGCGCAGCGCACACGAGGUGCAGGCCCGGUGGCGCGGGCCUGCAGGCGCCGAGGGCAGCGAGGACGUCUUUGCCUUUGGGUUCCCGGUGCCGCCCUUUCUUCUGGAACUCGGCUCACAAGUGCACUUCGCCCUGCGCUACCGAGUGGCUGGAGCUGAGUACUGGGACAACAACGGUGGCCGUGAUUACAGCCUCACAUAUCGCAACCACGCGCUGCACAUGCCCCGCGGGGAGUGCGAGGAGAGCUGGAUCCACUUCAUCUGAGUGGUGGAUGGGUCACCGGCCUGCAGUUGUGACCCAGCUGGGUGCUCACCUCUGGGCUCUUGUUCUGCCACCUACAUCUUCCUGGAGUUGUCUGACCUCUUACCUGCUGUGAGGACCGCUGACAGGGGCCUGUCCUGACUUCUGUGUGAAGUGUCUCACUCACCUGGUUUGGAAAGGGCCCUCCGGUGGCCCAAAGGUUGGGUCCUGGUGCUGGGGUGAAGGAGGUGCGGGGAUGUUGGCUUUUCCGGGAGGGCUCAGGCUGGGUUUUGGUUUGGUUUUUUAAAAGACUCACCUCCUACUAGGGAAGCCUUUUGCAUGCAUCUUGUCAGUCUCUCUGUAAAGGUAGCUGUUGCAUAUUAUCGUGCAUCAUAGUGGUUGCCUUCUCAGGAAUAUUCUAGAUUUACUUAGCAUUUGGAAAAACCUGUGGCCCAUGUUCAUGACCAUUGUAAACAAAAUGUGCAGCACGACCUGCAUUGCAGUUCUUGAAGGCAUUCCUGCCCUGGAACGAGGAAAACCUGAGACAGCCUCUGCUUGCCAAUGUCUGUAGCCUUCUAACAGUGGAAACUAUUAAUAGGCAAGAAAUUUAUUCCCCAUCACUCAUCACAUAGCCAUUUCUGGGCUUUGAAGCUGCUCUGGCUGGCCUGUGUGACUCCUACAUCAACAACUGGGAAGGAGGAAGAACUUCACAUUUUUCUACUAGUCUGACAAUCCUUUCUGGGCAGUUGGUCCUCACAUGUAAUAUAUUUCUUUUGCAUGUGUUUGAGAAGUGUGUGUCUGUGCAUUACCAGGCCAUUCUGUUUAGGUUUUCAACUACCUAAAUAUUUUAAGAAGCUUGCCUUCAGUUAUUUAAAUUUUCAGGUGGCUCUAGGGUUUCUGGCAACAGUUCCUGGUGCAGUUACAUUUUGAUGAUGAAGGUGAUUGUUUUUAUUUUUUCUUCCUCAGAAGAUCCCAGCAUGUGUCUUUGAGAAAUCCAGCUACCAAGUGGAACUAUAAGGUAUUUUCAGCAUUAACCAGAGCACUCGAGGAAAAAUCACAAAUUUUAUACCUCUAGAUUAUUUUAAAUUGUAUUUAUAUAUGUCAGGUUUUAUCAGCUACCUGCCAGUUUUAUUCUUUGGUGCCUUCAGAUAGGGACAUUCCUAGCAUUUUGUGGACUUCUUUUCACUUUUAAAAUGUUAAUGUUUUUAAAACCUCCCAUCAAGGAGUCAAAGCCACUGUUCCCAGAGUGCAUCACUGUAAUUUAAAAACCACCACUUGGCCUCUGACAGCAGGUGCUAGAACUGAGGCACAAACAACCAGCCCAGGUGCACAAGACCUCCGAGGUGUGCUGUGAUGUUUAUGAUAAAACUGAAGUCAGAGUGAUGGAUUUUGUGGUACCCAUCACCAGUGAGUUGGGUUUUGAGUGCUUGUUAAUUGUCCAAUCGGUAUCAAAAGAUGCAUUUUGCCUUUUAACCAGCUUGUUUUGGAUCACCGUGACCUUUGUGUUUUUCAAAUUAGAAGAACGGGAAUGGCCUUCUGUGACACCUUGUAAUCUAUGAACACUGAAUUUUGAUUUAAAAUUCUGUUCCUAAAGUGCACAGCUCUUGCCUCCUUGGAUUCUGCACCACAUUGACAUGCAAGAGAGAGAGAAACUUGGUUACAUUUCCUGCUGCUCACAAACUAUCCAAUUAGGUCAGCAAGCCUGUGAUGGCCCUGGCAACUCUGCCUUCGGCCCCAGCCAGCGUGCAAGACUGUUGUCCAGAUAUUCAGGUACACAUUCAUGCUGCCAAAUGUAUUGUUUUAUGGCACGGAAAGAAUCUCAUGAUCUAUGCGAAAAGUCUCUUGCCAAAAAGGUUCUGGCCAUGGACUAUAAUAUAAAUGCUAUGUCUUUAAAAUUAAGUGAACCUCAAGGUGCCUUUGAAAAAAUACCAACACUUUGAAAUUUUAAAGCUUAAAUAGACUUGCCUGGUCGGUGCAGCUUUAAGACAGCUCAAGAACUUUCAUUACCUGAAAGUUCUAUAGUUAUAUUGCUUAAAUGUUUAAAUUAAUUUUAUAGUGGAGUGUGCAAUAACUGGGUUAUCUCCCCUAAAUAUAUUUAAUGUCUGUCAUUUAAAAUAAUUUUACUCAAUCCUAAGUAUUAAAAUGUAUGGGCACAGA